AUGUUCAUCGAUGCUGUUACUGCUACAGACGAUGUGUUCGGCUUGGCCCAAGACAAACGAGGACGUGGUCCCUUGCACUAUGCGGCAUCUAAAGCUAGCGAUUCCCCAGCUUUGGGCCUGCCUGUCGAUGCGAGAGAUUCAUGUGGUCUCACUCCUCUUAUGUGCGCAGUCGGGGUUCCAUUCGCACAAGGAGUGGAUGUUUGCCGCCUUCUCGCCCCGACGAAAAGAAAUCGAUCUGCAGCCCGAAAAUCGCGAUGGUCUGUCAGCAAACAAUGUCAUUUGGCAACAAGCUAUCGCUAUAAUCUCAGGUGCAAGUUAUUCGCCGAGGAGAUGGCAAGAAAUGUUGAGGUGUUCGACAACGAAAACUGCACUCCACUUCAUUACGCUGCAGAACAAGGACAUUACGAGAUUGUGCAGUUACUGUUGGCGUGC